AUGGAAGACUUUGAGACUGAUGCAGUUAGAAGCAUUAUGUCAAAAAUUUAUAUGAGUAUGCAAGAAAGCGAUGAAGACGCACCUUUUCACACAGAAGUCUCAGUUCUUGAAAAGCCUAACGAGUCAACUCUUGAAUCUAUUAAAAUCGAUACCAGCCAAAAGCCUGCCAAAAAGGUAAAGGCUGAAGACUUUGUAAAAACAACUUAUAUGAGGAUGCAAAACAGCACAAAAAAGUCCCAAGACGUAUUAAAUAAAGUAAAAAAACAAAUUGACAAAGAAAGGGCAGAAGCCCUAAAGGGCGCUCCAAACAUCAAUCAUAAGUCCAAAAAAAUGAUAGGGCAAGCUGUGCCUUUGCAGCAGAGGAUCAGUGAGGUGAUUUUGGAAAAAGAGAGAAAAUUAGAAGAGCUUAAAGAGAAAUUGAAUCAGGAAAGAGAAGAAGUACUGAAAAAAGACUUGACUUUUAAGCCGCAGAUCCAUGGGAGAACUGAUAAACCAAGGUCUGCCACUGAAUUCUUUAAAUAUAACGAAGACUGGGCUAAUAUGAAAGCAGUCAAAGAAGCAAUCAAAAAAGAAGAGCUUGAUGAAAAAGUCACGCAAACACUUAAAUUUCAUCCAGAAAUCAAUCAAAAUUCUGAGAAAAUUAUGCAAGAUAUGGGAGAAAACCGACCACCUGAAGUAAGACUUUUAGAGAGAUAUCAGGUUACCCAGAAUAAAAUUAAAGCAAAGCAGGAGGUGAUAGAAUAUAAAUUUUCCCCUGAGAUCAAUAAAAAGACAAAGCAGUUGGCAAGAGCUCAGUCAGCUGGAGAUGUUUUUACAAGAUUAUUCACAGCUGCUGAGAGCCAAGGAACAACUGCAGGCACUCCUAGAGGAACAAAAACUAAUGGCACAGGAUUUAGCCCUGAAGUCAAAACAAUUUCUAAACCAGAACAGCCGGAAAUUCAAAAAGCCAAUAUCGAGCAAUUAUUUGAGCUUAAUUCAUAA